GACAGGAACCAGUGGUUAGGGAUCCUGACAAAUCAAGAUGGCGUCCUACGCCGAAGCAGGAAAGAUACUUCAAAAUAAAUAAAAAGUAAUUUGAAGAACGUUCACUUUUGAGUGCCAAUUCCAACACGACGUGGUUUGGAUUUCGAAGGAAAAGGACGGAGCAGAUCCAGAUCUGUUUUUAGAGUCUCUAAAUGGCUGCGAAGAAGUCUGGAUCAGAUGCAUACAACAAUGGUCCCAUCAGCUACCUUGAUGAUGUUCCCUUCAAGGUUAAUGAAAAAUUUCGCUGCCCAGCCAAAGUGGGCCUGCCUGUUGGUUUCUGCCUUCCUGACAGUGGCUCUCUGCUGGCAGACUCUCGGUAUGACUUUUCUCUUGAGAAGCGGAGUGUGCUGUGGGGACUUGAGCUGGCUGAGGCCAGAGCAGCACAGGCCAGAGCAGAAGAGGCAGCAGCCAAGCACGAGGCAGAGAGCAACGAGCGUUUGGCUCAGGCUAAGGCCCAGGACAUUGAUGGUGGUGGAGGAAAGAAAGCCAGAUCUGCUGCGGACGACCAGGAACUUCCACCACCAGCGUUGAACCCCGUCCUGGCGGGGCUGAGCCAUAACGCCAUACUCACUCCACUGCCUGCACCCAGCCUCGGCCCCAGGAAAGCCGUGCCUAGCAUUCCUCAGCUGCACAGCCUCAACCUAGCUGACUUUGAGCGAGAAGAGGACCCCUUUGACAAGUUGGAGCUUAAAACUUUGGACGAUAGGGAGGAACUUAGGAACAUUCUCCAGAGCCAGCCUCAACCUCAGCCUCCUCCGCCUGUGUCCUCACCAGAGGUUUCUCAGAUAGGGUCUCGUGGAAACAGCCCGUCUCCUCCCAGCAGCAACACCAGCUUCCCAGCCAAACCAGGCUUUGCCCACAAACCUAAUGGUUUGGUUGCUUUGUUGGACAUGGACAAGGUUGGGCAUCAUGGGAGAGUGGGAUUUGACACAGAUGAGCGGCCCUGUAACAUCCGCUCUCUGACUUUUCCGAAGCUCUCUGAUUCUGCAGACCCAGAGCCACCGAAGUACAGCCCACUAUCUGUACCCUUCCCUACUGCCAGAGACAACCUCCCAAAUGGCAGCACACCAACCAUAACCAAGACCCAAGUUAUUGUUGGCCCCGAGCCACCGAGCCACAGCACACUGAAACCGGCUAACCCAGGGUCAGGGACUGCUGCUCUGCCAUGUGGUGGAGCCCUGCUCAGCAUGACCCCCAAUGAGCGUCAGUGUGUGGAAACCCUUGUCGGAAUGGGCUACUCCUAUGAGGGUGUCCUACGUGCCAUGCAGAGACAAGGGCAGAACGUGGAGCAGGUACUGGAUUAUCUUCUCUUAUCUGGACGUCUGUGUGAGCGCGGUUUUGAUGCAAGUGCAGUGGAGGAGUGUUUAGACAUGUACCAGUGCUCAGAAGAAAAGGCUUUGCAGUUUCUUGAGCUUAUGUCAAGAUUCGGUGAAAUGGGAUUUGAGCGGGACGCCAUCAAAGAGGUGCUGCUGGUCCACAACAAUGAUCAAGACAAGGCUCUUGAGGACCUGAUGGCUCGUGCUGCAGCCAGUUGAGUCAAGCCUACCAAAGCCCAGCCCAGGGCUUUCUCCCCCUGCAGCCACCCUACAGCCCCAUUUCCUUCUGCCUACUCUAUCACAACAUGCCCUGACUUUGCUUUGGCUGUGGAAGAGGCAGCUGGGGAAAAAAGAUCUGUUUAUCUCUGUGCUAAAAUGUUUUGUGUCUCAGCACUUCCUAAAGACUUUGUGCCUACAGUGGAGGGUCAAGGUGUCACGCAUCUUUUGUUCAAAGAAAUCCUGAGGUUUGACUCUAGGAUUUGGUAAUGCUAGAUAUUCAAAAAUGCAAAGUGACUUGGAUGGAGUUGGUUAAAGAAGUGGACUGUGGUGUUUUGAUGCUGUCCUUAUUUGCUUCCACUUGGAAGUGUUUAUCUAACUGCUGGCUACGCUUCUGGACUGAAUGGGGAGCUGGUGACAGCAAUUGCAUCACGGAAAGACCAGUCUGAAAUUUGAAAACUCCCAAACUGUGAAGCUGCCAUCUUCCUCUGCUUCAUGCAGACUUGGUAAGUGGUGGUGGGGGGGAAUAUGUGGUCUUAAAGAGGCCAUCUUCAAAAUGAACCAACUAACAUUAAAAAUAAAAUAAUAUAAAGUUUGGAAAAAAAAAGAAAAUAGGAAGAGAGAAAAGUCACAGUCACCAGAUGGAGAACCAACUCUGUGGAAGUGCCCUCUCUGCUCUGGUGCCCUGCAUCUACUUUCUGUUCAUCUUUGUUCUUUUGUUCAUCACUGACUGUUUUUCUAUUCAUUUGAGCACUUUUUCACAUGAGGUGUAAGCUUCCCAUUCUUUACUUUCUGUUUAUGAAACUUACACAAUCAAUCCUCAGGCCCUGGCCACAUUGGGUGUGUGAGCAGCUCUUCUGCAAUGCAGAACUUGCUUUUUGUUUUAUGCAUCAGAUUGGGGGCAGCUGUGACUCAACGUAAAGUGGGUUCGUCUUUGGUCUGCUGACCUGAAAGUGGGGGAUCCGUAGUCGACAUGCUGAUUUGCACGAGACCAGGAUGUGACAAAACUAGUCUAAAGCUAUUUGAUUGAUGACCAGGAGUAGAUAGAAACUAUAAAUUGUUAUUAUGGUUAUUUUCCAUUAGAUAAGCCACAUUGCUCAUAAGAGAUGUGUGUCUGUUUCGCCUUACUUGAACAGUGUGGCUGCUCUAAUCUGAACAACACUGCUCUAGAUAGUGAUAAUUAGAUGUGUUUAUUUUCUCUGGUAAGCUGCACAGUUCACAACAAAAACAGUGACCACAGUUUCAAUCUGCCAAAUGUUACAAACUUAACACAAGUUAGGGCUAAUAAUAUAUAAUAAUAUAUUAAUUUAUUAUAUAUAUUAACAUUAAUUAAUAUGUAUAAUAAUACUAAUGAUUAUUUUCAUCCAUUAAUACCUUUAUUUUUUUGGUACUAAAAAUGAGUUUUGUCCACAAACCAAAAUAACUCCGUUUUAGUGAUUUCUUUGUUAGGAAACUGAAAAUAUUCACAUUAAAGAAGCUGUAAAAUCAGAGAAACUUGUGUUACUUGUUUUAAAAAACAACACUCAAACUGAUAAAUUUGUGAUCAAAGAUCAGAAGAUUAAUGUAGUCAUUGGUUUAUCGUUGCAGCCCUACUCUUAGUACAUUCCAGAACGUCAGCUUCAUUCUCAAGAAUAUUAAAAAUUAUACUUGAAAGGUAAACCCCUCACUAAGGCUUAGCAGCAGUUCCAAGACAGCAGAUCAGUAACCAUCACUUAUUGUUCACACAUCCAGUGUGGACCCGGCCUCAGUCAUCAUUACUCAGAACAAAAGAGAAACUACUGCCCCAGUGUGUGCUUUGACCUGCACUAGUCUGGCCUGUUUGUGUGGGAGAGAUUUGGGAGGUUCCUCUGUUCCUCUGUUUGGAGGAAAUAAAAAAUAUCCCAUAAUCCACAUACAUACUCCAUCCAAUCUGAGUUGUCGCAUUAUAUACAGUUGCACACACAAUUGACUAAUGUCCUUAUUUAAAACAGUACACUGACACUUUUGUUUAAAGAUUGAUAUAAUUAUGAAGAAAGUGAUGCGUCUGAUUGUCGUGGAUUUCUGGGCAGGAGUGAGUGGUUUAACACAAAAUAGAAGUGAGGAUUGUUGUUUUUUUUUGCAAACUCAUCACUGUGCAAUAGAAAUAUUUCAUACUUUGUGUCUUUUGUUUGGAAUUCCCUCAAGUAAUUGUUAAGAGGUAAGAAAUUGUGUUCAGUCCAUGCUGGGAAUGUGUGAAAGAAAAGUUUUAUUGAUUUCUACCCUUUAUUCACUGUUAUUGUACUUCACACCACCACAUUUAAUGAAACAUGCCUUUGAUUCAUUGA